CCCUUUCCGUCGCUGCUCGCCUCUCUCCUCUUCAGUCUUGCCUGCCUGUCAGAAAGGUACUCCAGUGUCGGAGGCUAGGCUACCCUCCUCCUCUCGGACCCCCCGUACGAGAGCCAGCCGCCGUCGUACCCCAAGGCUCGGGCUCCCCUCCUCUCUCACACGGCUCCGACCAUGGCAACCACCGCUACUUCCACCCGGUUCACCGACGAGUACCAGCUGUACGAGGAGCUCGGGAAGGGAGCUUUUUCCGUGGUGCGUAGGUGUGUAAAGAAGUCAUCAGGACAGGAAUAUGCUGCAAAAAUCAUCAACACUAAGAAGCUGUCUGCAAGAGACCAUCAGAAACUUGAGAGAGAGGCUCGUAUCUGCCGCCUCCUGAAGCAUCCCAACAUUGUGAGACUCCAUGACAGCAUUUCAGAGGAAGGCUUUCAUUACCUAGUCUUUGACCUGGUAACAGGAGGAGAGCUUUUUGAAGACAUUGUAGCCAGGGAGUACUACAGUGAAGCCGACGCCAGUCAUUGCAUUAGUCAGAUCUUGGAGAGUGUCAAUCAUAUCCACCAGCAUGAUAUUGUGCACAGAGACCUCAAGCCCGAAAACCUGUUGUUGGCCAGCAAGAUGAAGGGAGCUGCAGUGAAGCUGGCAGACUUUGGCCUUGCUAUUGAAGUACAGGGAGACCAGCAGGCUUGGUUUGGGUUUGCAGGAACUCCUGGUUACCUCUCCCCGGAGGUCCUGAGGAAGGACCCCUACGGCAAGCCUGUGGACAUAUGGGCUUGUGGUGUUAUUCUCUAUAUAUUGUUAGUGGGAUAUCCUCCUUUCUGGGAUGAAGAUCAACACAAACUCUAUCAGCAGAUCAAAGCCGGGGCGUACGAUUUCCCCUCCCCGGAGUGGGACACAGUGACUCCAGAGGCGAAGAACCUGAUCAACCAGAUGUUGACCAUUAACCCAGCCAAGAGAAUCACUGCCGAACAGGCCCUUAAACACCCAUGGGUCUGCCACCGCUCCACAGUGGCGUCCAUGAUGCACAGACAGGAAACUGUCGAAUGUCUCCGCAAGUUCAACGCUCGCCGAAAACUCAAGGGAGCCAUUCUCACCACCAUGCUGGUGUCCAGAAACUUCUCAGUGGGCCGGCAGCAUACCAACUCUGCUGCUGCCGCCUCCUCCACGGCCUCACUGGCUCAGGAAGCAUGCAAAAGUUUACUCAACAAGAAGUCAGAUUCUGCUAAGCCUUCUACCAACAACAGUAAGAACAGUAUAGUGAGUGCCAUCAAUGCCCUGAAAGACACCAACAUGGCGACCAACGCCCAGAUGGAAUCUCAGAGCACGGUGGUGCACAACCCCCCCGACGGAGUCAAGGGAUCAAUAGAGAGCAACGCCACCAACGACGAGGAGGAAAUGAAAGCGGACAGCACGGCGCUGAGUCAGAGCAGCGCCACAGAGGAGAUGCCCCCACUUCUGCCCUCACCUCAAAGCUCACCUGCCAUUCCACCGCAUGACGUAAAGCGCAUGGCAUGGAACAGCACGGGCAACAGCUCCUGCCCCGACUCCGAGCUCUCGCAGUCCUCCAUGCCCGCCGCUCCUCUAGGGAGCAACUCUGUCGCUGCUAAAAGCAACACUAAGCAGAGCCGCAAGCAGGAGAUCAUCAAAAUAACCGAGCAGCUGAUCGAGGCCAUCAACAACGGGGACUUCGACGCCUACACGAGGAUUUGCGACCCCGGGCUGACCUCUUUCGAACCCGAGGCCUUGGGGAACCUGGUGGAGGGAAUGGACUUCCACAAGUUCUACUUUGACAACUUGCUGAGCAAGAACAGCAAGCCCGUGCACACCACCCUGCUCAACCCCCACGUGCACCUGAUCGGCGAGGACGCCGCCUGCAUCGCCUACAUCCGCCUCACGCAGUUCGUGGACUCCACGGGCCGCCCGCGCUCCAGCCAGUCGGAGGAGACCCGGGUGUGGCACCGCCGCGACGGCAAGUGGCUCAACGUCCACUUCCACUGCUCCGGAGCGCCCGCUGCGCCACUGCAGUGAUCAGUGGUCCUGAGCCUCCAGUCUACUGGAGUGUGUGUUUUGGGGGGCAGUGUUUUUUCAGCGAGCGUGUUUUCAGAGGCCCCGCCCUCUGCGUGGAUUGGCUCAGUGCCAGGAGCCCGGCCGGGCGCGACCGCAUCCCUCUCCACGAUACCAACCAAUCCCGUACCCUCCUUUGACCUGCUGGGGGCCGGCUGAACACAAGACUCCGCCCCCAUGGGAUGAUGCAUGCAUCUGGCGCCUGACCGGAGGGCGCGCCUUUGCCCUCUAUCCCUCCCCUGGCAGCCAUCUUUUUUCUGCCCGCGCGAGAUGAGACGUCCCGGGGGAGAGGAGAGGAUUUACAGUUGAACUUGUGACAGUUUAUGAGUAUGAGUUAUGAAUAUACUGUGUAAAUUAUGACUAGAUGUACCAGAAACCACCAAAACCCAAACCAAGCAUUUAUAUUCACUAUCUAAAACAAAAAGGGAGGAACACAGAGGAGUGUGCGGCGUAAGCGGCUGAGACCUUUCGGACGCGUUUUUUUUUUUUUUUUUUUUAGGGAUUACCGGGUAGGAAGUGUGUUGUUCUCGCUACCUGGGCGUCGGCGUUCGAGAUGUAGGGAGGCUUUUCUUUCUCCCACCGCAAACUGAAUUGAAGAGGGAAAAACCAAUCAAGUGGGCUCGGUCAGAGAACGUGACGACGAGAGAAACUUGAUAUCAAAAACAUGAAGCACCAAAGUGUAGAACUUUAGGCUUUUUACGUGUUUGUGUUUUUGUUUGUGUGCUUGGUUUUUGUUUUUGUUUUUUUUUUUGUUUUUUUUGUUUGUUUUUUUUCCGACUGAACGGAAACGUGUUGUUGUGGCGGGCGGGGCGGGGGCAGGGCGGGGUCUGACCUGAGCUUACAUGUCUCUGUUGUGUUUUUAGUGUCCUGAUCCCGACGCGUUCCUGUGAAUACCCGGAGCCUUUAUUGUUUUUUGUUGUUUUUUGUUGUUGGUUUUUUUUUGUCUGACUGAUUCGUUAUUUGAGGCUCCUUUUGUUUUUAAUUUUCUUUUUCUUUUUCUUUUUUUUAAGCAACCGAGUUUUUAAUAAGAGGGAUUUUACUGUGCGACUCUGAAGCUAACCUGUGCGUGCUGUCACAUGGCGUUGCGUCUGUAUGCAGUGGGGGGGAGAGCGUGGGCCGGGUUCGGCGUCUGCGUUUUGCAUGAUUGCCCGCCGCCUCUCCCUCGUCAACACCACCACCACCCCCCGCAUCUUCUCUCCUCCCUUCUUCCCCUCUUAAAGCAUUUCCUCCUUCCCGCUCCGUUUCUCUGCUUCCUGCAAGGGCCUGGUUUGUUUAUAAUCACUGUGUAAAUACAGUGUAUGUAUAGAUAUAUGUAGAAAAGUGUAAUAUAUGUACAUGUAUCUAAAGAGACACUCAUCCUGUGCAUCUGGGAGUGGGGACGACCCCCACGACCUCUGUGACCCCCCCCCCCCCCCCCCCCCCCCCCCUCAUCUCCCACUCUCUAGUUCAGGAGCAACACGUCCCUCGGUGGUCCACCUCUUAGAAUAUUCUUCCUCACCGCACCCGUAGCUCCUCAUCGCUCCUCACGUGGGCGACCGGCUCGAGUCCCAUGGCCGCACGACUGUUUGUGAAGACGGGGAAUAACGAGAAAAUUCAUUUAAAAAAAAAAAAAAAAGCUUAAGAGUAGUUUGACCCCCACAGAACCUCCGAAGACCUCCAUGAUAGUGUCCUUAACUCCCGAUCCCACAAUGCUGUGAGCCGUCGUUUCAUAUCGCCCAUCUGUAACAUAUCUGCCGCCCGGUCGUCUCCAUCCAUCCCCAGCGGUCGUGUCGUGAAGCCUCCUCUUCCUCCCGCCCCCGUCCGUCCCCACGUUUGAACAAGUCCCUGCUCGAGAUGUUUAUUUGUAUCUCUCUCUCUCUCUCUCUCUUUCCGUCUCCGUCGUCUCUCCGUUCCCGUGUUACUGGUUUGAGUUUUUUCUGUCGUCGUCGCUGUUGCUUGUUAACUUUGUCGUUUUGGUAAAAAAAAAAAAAUUUUUGCCGAUCUGCCAAGCUGGAGUUCUGCACUCUCCCUCGCAACAAAAAAAAAAAAAAAAUUAAUUAAAAAAAA